UAGCCAAUAAGGGCCCUUCCUUCCACUAAAAGAUUCGAAUCAUCGUUGGGUGGGCACGUGAUCAAACACGUCUGAGGUAUGUAAACACAGCACAAACCAAAUCAUUACCUCUUAGUCAGCAUUAUCCUUAUAGAACGCCCCCAAGUACAGCAACACUCAACCACGUAAUCAUGGCUGUGAGAAAGCCUUUGAAAGAAUUCACCACUCCUCUAGGUUCUGGAGCAGGAGUGCCAAAGGACAAGCGUCCCCCACGCGUCACUGACAGUGAUCAGAGACUUGCCAGACCGUUUAAGGUGCCUUUUGCAAGAAGAGGAGAUGGAUCUGACAGUUUAGGACAGAAAGGCUUGCAGCGUGCAGCUCGCAAGGUUACAAGCUAUGCCAUGGAAGGAGAAGCAGAGGUGACCAUCCCUGAUAAAGAUGACAUCGAAGAAAGAAGAAAGAGAAAGGGAGCAUUAUUGCCUCGUCUGAUCCUAAAUGGCGAUAAUAUUGUGCAUACGGAACAGAAAUUACGGCUGUCUUUCAAGGUCCCCAUGAAGAAGGUCGAUGAGUUUGGCAGGGCCCCUCCGCCACCUUUGGGAAACAGACAGCGGGCAUUUUUGCCACCACGGGCCCUUCACGAUCCUAUGAGUGAGUUUGCCAUCGUCCUAUACGACCCUACUGUCGAUGUGAUCCCCAAGAUUGCAGAAGAGAAGGAAGACAAUGAUACCAAGGAGGAAGAAGAAGACAAAGAGAAUGAACCCAUAAAGAAAAGGCGUACGCACAGAUCACUCGCAGAAAUGCUUGGAAUAGUCAAAAAUCCCGAAGAGGCAUUAGCCAAGUUCCCAGAUGUUCCUGUCGUUAUUGAUCCCAAGCUAGCCAAAAUCUUACGGCCCCAUCAGAUUGCUGGUGUUAAAUUCUUGUAUCGAUGUACUUCUGGUCUCCUUGAUCCUAGAGCUAAAGGUUGUAUCAUGGCAGAUGAGAUGGGUCUUGGAAAGACAUUACAGUGUUUGACUCUCAUGUGGACGCUUUUGAAACAAAGUCCAAGAGGUAAGAGGACUAUUGAAAAAUGUAUUAUUGUCUGCCCGUCGUCAUUGGUGAGAAACUGGGCAAAUGAAAUAGUAAAAUGGCUAGGAGAAGGUGUGUUAACACCUUUGGCCGUCGAUGGUAAGUCCACCAAGACGGCUGACUUGGGGUUGGCCUUACAGCAGUGGUCUACAGCCCAGGGUAGAAACAUUGUCAGACCCGUCUUGAUCAUUUCCUACGAGACAUUGAGGAGAAAUGUCGAUAAAUUGGCAGGUACAGAAGUUGGGCUUAUGUUGGCCGAUGAAGGUCAUCGUUUGAAGAAUGGUGACUCAUUAACAUUUACUGCGUUGAACUCACUCCGGUGUGACAGAAGAGUUAUUUUAUCAGGUACUCCGAUCCAAAAUGAUUUAUCAGAGUAUUUUUCCUUAUUGAAUUUUGCUAAUCCUGGAUAUUUGGGUACAAGAAAUGAUUUCCGGAAGAAUUUCGAGAAUAUAAUCUUAAAGGGUAGAGAUUCUUUGGCCACGGACGAAGAUAAAAAGAAGGGUGAUGAAAAGCUAGCAGAUUUAUCUCAGUUGGUCUCUAAAUUUAUUAUCAGAAGAACCAACGAUAUUCUCUCAAAGUAUUUGCCUGUCAAGUACGAAUACGUUUUAUUUACAGGACUUUCUCCAAUGCAAAAAGCCAUCUACGAGCACUUUAUAACGUCACCCGAAAUCAAGAAAUUAUUACGAGGAGUUGGGUCGCAACCAUUGAAAGCCAUUGGAUUGCUUAAGAAGUUAUGCAACCACCCCGACUUACUCAACUUGCCUGAUGACUUGGAAGGAAGUGAGAAGUUUAUUCCUGAUGAUUACUGCUCAUCAAUUGGUGGUGGAAGAGGAAAAGAAGUUCAAACAUGGUUCAGUGGAAAGUUCAUGAUAUUGGAACGGUUCUUGCAUCAAAUAAACACAGAGACAAACGAUAAAAUCGUCCUCAUUUCAAAUUAUACCCAAACCCUUGAUCUUAUUGAGAAAAUGUGUCGCCACAAAAGAUAUGGAAGCUUGCGCUUGGACGGUACCAUGAAUAUCAACAAGCGUCAAAAGUUGGUUGAUAAAUUUAACGAUCCGGAAGGCAAGGAGUUUAUUUUCCUUUUGUCGUCCAAAGCAGGAGGAUGUGGUAUCAAUUUAAUUGGAGCCAACCGGUUGAUUUUGAUCGAUCCUGACUGGAAUCCUGCCGCUGACCAACAGGCGUUGGCUCGUGUAUGGCGUGAUGGCCAAAAGAAGGACUGUUUUAUUUACCGGUUUAUCACCACGGGAACCAUCGAGGAGAAGAUUUUCCAGAGACAGUCUAUGAAGCUUUCGUUGUCCAGUUGUGUUGUGGACGAAAAGGAGGAUGUGGAGCGUCUUUUCAGUGCCGAUAACCUCCGUCAACUUUUCCAGUACCAGCCCAACACCAACUGCGAUACCCACGAUACCUUCAAUUGUAUCCGAUGCGAUAAGGACGGCCAAAAGGUGAAGUCUCCAGCUAUGCUCUACGGGGAUUCCACCACCUGGAACCAUUUGAACCACGCAUCCUUGAAGCACAACGAAGACUCGUUAAUUGUUACCGAAGCCAGCCACCAGGACGUGUCAUUUGCGUUCCAAUACAUAUCGCAUUAAUGUGGGGC